AUUGGUCCGGAAUGUGAACUAAUCUCUUUCCCAAACAUCGCCAAUGACGACCCAAAACAGUUAGUGUUUUCCGUGACUUCCGACGUCUACCGGUUUCUAUGGGGCGUGUUUGAUCAAGUACGCGGCUUCCUUGCCCUCAAGACAACGCCAGAAGUCAUGCCAUAAUGUCCUGAUCCAGGAUUGUCUUUCUGUGAGGGAGCAACAAUUGGAUUUUUCUUCUUUUUUUGCCGGUGACUUGGCAAGCUCGCCUGAGGGUCCGUGCUAACCCUCAAGAGAUUGUCAUGCCUUCUUGAUGUGUUGUGUUUGUAGUACAUGUUUUGGUCAACAGAACCGGGUCCUCUGCAAAGUCAUGAAUGUCACGCUGCCGAUAUUUAGCCAAACAAUGGACUUAUAAGUGGUUCCAGAUCAACAUGAUUUCCGAGUUAUUACCUCCUAAUUUGCGGCUUUUAUCAAGAUAAGAGGAGAUACGAACAGCAAGACAACCAUGAGACAACCGCCCGACACGACCGAAGUGGUCGAGUUCAACUUGGGAAGAGCUCCGACUCUUCGCUGUACCUCUGGACAACCUGCUACGACAUGCGGCGACUGCGAAGCUUGUCGUCUGGGCGCCACGAUCAGCUUUACCCGAGAAUGGUUCCUCCGAGCAGGCGACGCAUCCAAACGGAGGUUUCUCCUCGGCCUGCCUCGCCGGUUUCAAAGCGCCCAACUCAUGGAAUAUGUCGUCUCCCUUCUUAGCCCUCUUCUCUACAAAGACUACACUUAUGCACGGUGUAGAACCAACCCUAGUCUACCAGGAGACUCCUCUACUCUUAGUGGAGACAGGGCUCUAAACAGGAGAGAACUCAGGCAACACAUAGCUGACACAUGGGCAUGGUUUGCCGAAGCGAGUUACUGGAGUAAGGCGAACUAUAUGCUUGGUGUCAUGCAGUUCUGUGAACCACAGAUGCUGUAUUCGCUUGGCACCCAGGCUAGGACUAUGCUUCAAGCACAGAAAAAUAUGGAACCAAAAGGGACAACGGACUGGGAAGAUGACGAGUCUUUGGCAUCCAGUAACUACACCUACAACACAGAAGAGCAUCCGGAACUCUACCUCCUAACACAGGCCAACCUGGAAUAUGCCACGCCUGCCACUCACCCAAUAACAGGGGAGGAAUUUGACCCCAUCGUUGUUAAUUACGGGGAAGAUGUGUACCUCAGCGAUGAUAGUUCUGAGUUUUCCUCGAUUGAUCCGACCUGUAUGGUCCUACCGACUUCGGUCACUGCAACAGCAGGUGUUGCGAAGUAUCGAGACUUCAUCAGCGGCCUGCCUGUCCACCUGUCAAAGUACAUCCUGGGUUUCCUGGACAGAAUCAGCCUGUACAACUGUCUGGCCGUGGGGAAGACCUGGAGAGUCCUGGCUGAUCAGGUGCAGCAGGAAGAGGAGAUUCAGAACCAACUGUGGGAGGAGGUUCUGUUCUACCAGGGUUCUUCUGCGAGAGGGUGUAACCCAGUCUAUGCCAAGAGAGUUGAUGUGGCCGUGCCCAUACUUCGCGAGGGAACGUUGGACCCGCUCUCCAACAGUCCCGAGGCGAUGGAGGUGGUGACACACAAGGAUGACUCAAGUUUCCUGACAGCGUAUGCCGGUGUCGUGACUCGAACUGUCACCAUGGAGGAGAGGAAUGUGUACUGUGGUGCCUACAAUGUCAUGGUGCUCGCUGACCAGGAUGACCCCCAUCGGCGCGUGCACCACGAUGGUAAGAAGCUCGUCGCUCUGGGCUCGGUGGACCGGAAAGUUCGCAUCCUGGACGUGAUGUCGGGCCGCGAGCACCGGACGCCGAUCACGGGCCACGCCGGGUCCAUCAAGUGUGUCUACAUCAGUGAGGAGAGAGGGUUUGUGCUGAGCGGGAGUUACGACACCACUGUCAGAUGCUGGUCCCUCCAGGCUGGCAGCUGUCUUCGUAUCUUCCGCGGCCACCGUGGAACGAUCACCUGCAUCGACCUGUUCCAAAACAGGCUGGUUUCCGGGGCCAAGGACAGCCAGGUCAAAGUGUGGAACUUUGAAACAGGAAAGUGCCAACGGACCUUCAAACACAAGAAGCCCAUUUUAGCCGUCGGGAUUCUGGAGGACAGAGUUGUGAGUGGAUGUGAAGGGGGGCAGGUCAAAGUGUGGAGUAUCUCAUCGGCUAGUCUCAUCAAGAAGCUGUCCAGUCACCAGGGCCCGGUCACGUGUCUGAAGUUCGACCAAUGGCACCUCGUCACCGGCGGGAGGGAUGGUUACGCGUUCGCCUGGAGCAUGAUGGGUACUCACAGUCGCUGUCUCACCGCAUUCAGACAUCCCAGAGGAAGCCAGAUCCUGUGUCUGCAGUUCCUGUUCCUAAGAGUGAUCACCGGAUGCAGCGACGGCAAAAUGCGGAUCUUUAACCUUUUGAGCGGCGACUGUCUGCGGGUGCUGAGGGGAAACAGCCACUCUGAUGCAAUAGACGACAUCAUUGUGUGUGAAAACAGACUACUGAUCAACACGAUCAACAACCUGCUUGUGUUCACGUUUGAAGAGAUAGAGUGGGACUACACCCUCGACUCUGACAAGGUGGAGGUCCUGAAGCACCUGAACAACUACAGCGACGCACCUUUUAAACAUCACCCCUAUGUAUUUGUCAGAGGCCAGCGCAUGAGACAGGUUGGAGCCUCCAGUGAGAAAGUGUACCAUCGUAGUGACCCUGCAUACAGCCCUGUGCGACAACUACCCCACAGUGCUCGAAGUUUCAGCCAACAAAGCCUCUCGAGCGCCAAACGGAUUCACAGCGCCAAAACUCGCACCACGUCGCAACCCACGCCAACCCUAAUCGACAUGGAGGAAGACCCUCGACGGGCCGGUUCGCCGCAACCGCCCACCCGGCGCCGAAGCCCGGACGCUAUGAGUAGCCGGCAGAGUUUGUGUCUUCGUGCCCCGGCUACUCCGGCACUGUCGACCGGGGCCGGGGUUCGCCAGGCGGCUGCUGUGAGAGGUGCUAGCGCUCCAGCCGGGAGUAGGAACGUUUUCUUCGAGUCUCACGACUUGUCACUGUCAGAGAUGAAGUCACAGCUCAGGUCACGGCAGAGAAUACAGAAGAGCCACCAGCCGUCGCGUGACGAAGUCUUCAUGUGCGUGGGCACGAUCCACAGCUCCAUCAAAGACGGCGAGGCCAACCGGAACAUGGUCAUCAACUCCUGCGAGAUCAACCCCAAGAUCGGCAGACCGCAGUCUUCUCCGGCUAAACUUGCGUCAUCGAAAAGGGCUGAAACGGCUGGACAACGGUCUGCUACUAGAGCGUCGACAAGACAUCUUAGCAUGUCCGUGCCGGCGACGUCGGUGAUCACCACUCACUUUCAGUCAGUACCGGUAGACACCACUCCGCAUUCUGGCAUGCAUGAUACACACGUUGUCGCAACUGUACCUCAGCCUAGUUUGCUGCGCCCUCGGACGAGUUUGGGCAUAUCCAGGGACUUGGACGUUGCACAAAAUGCAUUACAUAAACUGUCAUCUUCAGACAGACCUAAUACAGCCGGCCCCUCAAGAGGCACGAAUCUUUUCACAACGUCGGCGAAAGCUGCAGAACACGUCCCAAUGAUUGUGACAAAAACGAUUCAAGCACAGCAGCAGAAUUUCCUGACAAACUUUCACGCCAGGACUACUAGUACCGGUAGUAGGAAUCCAGUAGACCCACUGAGAACCAACGUUGCAUUCAAACUCAAGACAAACAAGGCUCAGAAACAGUUCGAAAGUAACAUCGUGAAGUCUCAGACCUCUCACACCAGUAACAAGGAAGAGGUGGAAAAACGGAGACAGAGGCGAAGAUGGUUGGCAGUCGCGAAGGGACUCUCCCAUCACAAUGACAUGACGAAAACGGUCAAGAAAACUGCCUACGAGAUUGGAGAGUGAGACACAUGCUGUUUUAAAAGUCUGCACCUUCCUGUUUUUCCAAGAGUGAAACACAGAACGAAGUGUGACAUUAGUCAGAAGGUUCAUAUGAUGAAUCGUCAAGCUGCUAUUCUUGGAGGUGAAACUCACCAGCUAAUUUGUGUGACCUUAACGUUAGUGUAUAGAAAGAUUUUAUUGAUAUGCUGCUUCCUCAGAUAUAACAUGGACAAGAUUUGAGUCCACUGUCAUGUUAUUGUACAGUAACGUUACUACUUUUUUUUUGUCGACAGGACAUGUAAUUAGUCUACCGUUCUAUGUGUACAAUUUUGUCUCUCUUUACUGUCCCUAUCUGCUACUGUCAAUGCUAGCUUUUGUAAAGAGAAGAGGAACAAGUAUGUAAAUGAGUCUCUAUAUCUGUAUGAUACACUGUUACUGACAUCUUGUGAAGAUGCCACUUUUAGUAACAGUAUGUUGU